GCGUGGAAAUUUCUGGAAGAGUUUUUUCGGGAAGUGUGUUGUUCACGUUUGUUCUGGACAUUUUUGGGUUUCUUCUUUCUAGAAAAACAUUGACUCUGCUCUAGUAAGUACUGAGGGUUCGAUUCAUUUCGAAUUUCAUUGUUCCAACUGUGACACAAUCCACUAACUGGACAAGGCAACAUUUUUGAGAUAACUGAAUACCAGUACAGGAAUAUCGGUAUUAUUUGUCUCGAGAUUUGAAGAUGUCGGUCGUUGGAUUCGACGUUGGAAAUCUUUCCUGCUUCAUUGCUCUGGCUCGUCAAGGAGGAAUUGAGACAGUUGCUAAUGAAUAUAGUGACAGAAAUACACCAUGUGUUGUUUCUCUAACCGACAAGGAAAGGGCUAUUGGAAGUGCUGCAAAAUCACAGAUGAUCAGCAAUUAUAAAAAUACAAUACUUGGAUUUAAAAGAUUCAUGGGCCGUUCAUUCGAUGAUCCCCUGGUACAAAGUGAAAAACAGUGGAUGCCAUAUGAAAUAGUUCCUGCAGAAAAUAAUAGAGUUGGUGUCAAAGUUAUGUACAUGGGCACAGAAAAAGUUUUCACGGUCGAACAAAUCAUGUCGAUGCUUUUCACCAAAUUAAAAACAAUCGCUGAAACUAACCUGAAGAAACCUGUUCAAGAUUGUGUGAUAUCGGUACCAACUUAUUACACUGAUGCAGAAAGAAGAGCAAUACUGAAUUCCGCUGCAAUAUCUGGACUGAAUACUCUGAGACUUUUCAAUGACACGACUGCAUCGGCAUUGGCUUAUGGAAUAUACAAGCAAGAUUUGCCGGCACCUGAGGAAAAGCCAAGAAAUGUAAUUUUUGUCGACAUGGGGCAUUCUGCUUUACAAACUGCGGCUGUAUCUUUCAAUAAAGGGAAAUUAAAGGUUCUCGCAACAGCGUUUGACAGCACACUCGGGGGUCAAAAUUUUGAUAGAAUCAUUCUUGAUCAUUUUGCUGCUGAAUUCAAGGAAAAAUAUAAAUUUGAUGUGAAGACUAACAAACGAGCAGGAAUUCGCUUGUUAACGGAAUGCGAAAAACUGAAGAAACAAAUGUCAGCAAACUCUAGUGAAUUGAGAAUUAACAUCGAGUGUUUAAUGAAUGACAAAGAUGUUACUGGAAAACUGAAAAGAGAACAAUUUGAGGAGAUGAGUGCUUCUUUGUUAGCGAGAGUUGAACCCACUCUUCAGAAAGUUUUAGUUGACUCUGGGCUCAAGAAAGAUGACAUUUACGCCAUAGAGGUUGUGGGAGGAAGUACUCGCAUUCCAGCUGUGAAAUCUGUCAUUCAGAAAGUAUUCGGACGUGAACCAAGUACAACUCUUAAUAUUGAUGAAGCCGUGUCGAGAGGUUGUGCCCUACAGUGUGCAAUGUUAUCGCCGACAUUUAAAGUUCGUGAUUUUAAUGUCCAAGACUCAUGCCCGUAUGCAGUUUUACUGCGAUGGAGUGCACCGAUGGAAGAAGAAUCAGAUACCGAGAUAUUUCCACUGCAUCAUGCUGCUCCUUUUUCAAAAAUGCUGACAUUCUAUAGAAAAGAACCGUUUUCCUUAGAAGCAAGAUAUUCGAAUCCAAAUCUUAUUGGAUACCCAGAUCCUAAAAUAGGUGCUUUCAAAAUAAAGAAUGUUGUGCCAACCCCUGAAGGUGGAAGUGCAAAGGUCAAAGUUAAACUUCGUGUGAAUAUCCAUGGUAUCUUUACUGUCACGAAUGCAUCGCUAGUUGAAAAAGUUGAGGUUCCUGUUGAAGCACCUGUCUCGAAAAAAGAGCAGAAAACUGAAGAAAAACCAAAAGUUAACGGCGAAGAACCAAUGGAGACUGAUACAGCUAAUUCUCAGAAUGGUGAAGAAAGUAAAUGUGAAGCAGAUUCCGAGCCCAAAAUGGAAACCGAGCAGUCCGAUGCAAACAAGGAAGACACUCCUAUUGUAGAGGAACCUCCAGCACAGGAGCAGAAUGGGGCUGAGGAAAAGACUGAAACAAAGAUGGAAGCAGAUGAUUCUGCAGAAAAACCCGCAGAAGACAAAGCGAAACCAGUAGAGAAGAAAACCAAGACUAAAGUGAAAUUGAUCGAUUUACCAGUUGAGCAAUCGUUAGUUAUGCAAUACAAUGUCAACGAACUUAACCUAAUGAUGGAGAAAGAGAAUGAACUUAUCAUGAAUGACAAGUUGGAACGAGAAAAAUCUGACAGCAGAAAUGCAGUAGAGGAAUACGUCUAUGACAUGAGAUCGAAACUAUGUGAAAUACUCUCUGACUACGUUUCUGAGGACGAUAGGAAUUCAUUUACACUGGUGCUGGAGAAUACGGAAAACUGGCUUUAUGAAGAUGGCGAAAAUGAAACAAAAAGUGUUUAUGUGAAAAAGCUAGAAGAUCUUAAGAAGACCGGUGAUCCGAUAGUACGAAGAUAUGUUGAAACAACUCAUCGACCUGCUGCGUUUGAUCAACUAGGAAAAUCACUCAUGCAUGUUACUAAGUUUUUGCAACUGUGGAAUGAAAAGGAUGAAAAAUAUGACCAUAUUUCUGAAGAAGAUAUCACAAAGGUUGGAAAAAUUCAUCAGGAAACAUCAGAUUGGUUCAACACCAAAAUGCAACAACAAUCCCAACUUCCUAAACAUCAAGAUCCCGCUGUCACAUUAGCUGAUAUUCAGUCUAAGACUAAGGAGCUUAGCAAGGUAUGCGACCCGAUCAUCAAUAAGAAGAAGCCCAAACCUAAGGAGGACCCACCUCCGGUACCAUCUGAGAAAAACGGCAAUGGCAAAGAUGCCAAUAAAGACUCGCAACCUGAUUCAAAAACUCCUGAUGCAGCUGCUCAACCUGAAAACAAUGACAAACCAGCUGAUGAAACAACUGCUGAACAACCUGGGGCUGGUGUAAAGGAAGAUAUGGAUGUAGAUCUGGAUUAAUGAACGUUUUGUAAUGAUCCACUUAGCUUGUUACCUUGUACAUGGCUUGGCUAAGCACUCUUCCACGCUUUCAAAAAUAAAAUUUUGUCAUGGCUCGCCCAAACAUCUUUAGUUAUUAGUUUAUGAAUACUCAUUGGCCAAGCAAGGUAGUUUGUUAACUUGUGCACCAAUUAAAUAUAUAGACAAUUCUCCCCAAUCAAAAAAAUCAUUUUUUUUUCUGUGAAACAAUCACUUCUACCAUUCUCUUAUUACUGUGUCGUGCCAUCUUGUAUCCCUAUAAUAAUAUGUGUUUCCAAUUCUUGUUAUUUUUUAUGUAAUUAACAAAUUUUUCACACAUGUCAUAAUAUAGACUGGUAUUUGGCAAUGAUUUUCUCAAUUACAACAAGGGUUUGGGCCCUUCCCCCUUAAACUGCAUCUCACUUUAUAAUUUAGUCUUUCAAUAUGCUUUGAAUUAAUAUUUUCUGAAGUUCAGAUAUCUCAUGGUUUACGAUAUUGUUUGUUGAAUGUUCGUUUAAUCUCCACCUUGGCAAUUUUUUCAGUUCACUCUCGUUUUGACUUCAAAAUUUUGCGAGUUCCCCCUAUUUAUUAGUAGUAAUAGGUCUCAUCUACCUUAUAGGUGUAUUGUUGUAACAUACCAGCACUGUACCCCAGCUAAGAUGAAUUUCAACUUGGUGCAGUGUCACUUUCCUGUAAUGGUAUUUCAUGGCAUUAUUUUCCUACUUGCGAUUGUUCUCACAAGAUCUUUUGGCUGGAUGGUCAUUCUUGUCCCGCGCUUUUCUCAUUGUUUAUCAUAUUCUAAAAUUAUGUCUUGUGCACAGCAAGUUUUUUUUAUGGUAUGAUACAGUGUUGAAGUAACGUUCAUGAUACCUUAGUAUGUCUUAGUUCAGUGGGCAAAGUAAAAACUUUCCUCCUUACUCAAAUGCAAUUCAUUGUUAAAGAUGGAGGCAGAUCUUCACAUCUAGUUUGACUUAAUAUUUCUAUCAUCUUUCUAAACCGAUAAGCAUCGUUCGUUUUUUGUAGUUCUGGUUUUUGUCAAUUUUUGAGGUUUACUUAAUCUCUCAUUGCUAGCAGUGGUCGUCUGGUUUGGCGGGCAUAAGGGAAUCCACCAUAGUUAUGGUGUAUUUAUAAGGAUUGCCCACAGGUUAAUUUUCAACAUGUCUUUCGCCUGACCGAAUAAAAAUGCCAGAAGUAACAAAAGUAAAGUUUUAUAAUCUGAAACUAAAUACUCUUAUAUCAUCAAAUGUUGGACUUGCCAGCAUGAUCUGACUUGUGAUCUGCCAGCGCCUUGCAAAAUAUACCUUGCUACUGAUUAUGUGCAUCUUAUUAGUGAUAAUUCAUAUAGAAACUGUUUUCUAAUUAUUGGCGCGUUGCCGAGCAUUGUGGUCAGCCGGUUUUGUUACCGCUCGCUCACUCAUCGUAAUACCUCCUCGUAGUUUACUAGUUUAACAGACAUUGGUUUUGCAAAAUGUCGAUCGUAUUGCAUAAUCGUGCACCGCUCAUGUUCCAAAUGAUGGCAAACGAUCGAUUUUGCGACAUCGUGUGUUUGUAUUGCGACUUAAAGAUAUUGUGUUUGCGACUCGCCUUGUCUGGUAUGGAUUAACAUGAAUGUAGGCCUACUCUGAAUAAUUUCUCUUUCCUCAAAUUUUGCUGAUGCUUUCAGCCCACGUCUUGUCUGGCUGGACAUUAUUGUCUUCGUUCCAAAUACAUCUCUCCAGCAAGUUUUACUUACACACUGUUGUGAGCAAUUUAUGAUAUAUGCGGCUUUACAAGGAUGUUACACAUAACUUGUAUAUAAAUUUGUCUGUUGCCUUAUUUGAUUUAUUAAAAACAAUGGAAUAUUGAUGCA